AUGACACCAACGUCGGGAGCAGCCUCUGAUGAUGCAGUACGACGGUUUCGAAGUCCCGGCACGUUCGAUCCGGAGAAGGAGGACUGGAAGCUCUAUGAGAUUCGGUUCCAGGCAGCGCUUCAACCUUGGACCGUCACAGAGGUACCUUUCAAAGACAUUACGGCCGUGUUAUCUGAACAUUUCACGCCAAAGUGCUUCAGAGAAUUUGAGAGGUGCAAGCUCUUCUCCGCACAUCAGCAAGAGGGCGAACCCGUCAAAGACUUCGUUCAGCGCUUGUCUGCAAUAAUUUCCCGUUGCGAAUACGAAACGGAAACAGAUGUCAGAGCCUGUUCCUUACUAACUGCCUUUAUCGUGGGUCUCUGUGAUCAAUGCAUUCGCGCCCGGCUCGUCCUCGAGAAGAGUCUAACUUUGGACACAGCGAUUCGGCUGGCUGAAAGCUCUUUGGCCGCAGAGGCUGAAUCGAAGCAGUUGCAUGCGGGGACGGACGUGCACAAGGUGACAUCCAGGAAUGCCAGCAAGGAGUCUUGUUUCAGGUGUGGAAAUUCCAACCACCUCCAGGAAUCUUGCAGAUUUCGUAACGAAGAGUGUCACGCUUGUGGGAAGAUUGGCCAUAUUGCAAAGAUGUGCCGUACAUCCCAGCCACAGGCAAAACACAAGAAAGGCAAGAGGGUCCGCAAGGUGAAGCUUGUGACGGACAUGUUCCUUGCCAAUGAAGAGGACGGGAAGUUCCUUACUUGCAAGAUCAAGGACAAGCAGGUCGUUUUACAAGUGGAUACUGGUUCCCGUGCCACGCUUCUGGAUGAUCGGACGUACAAGGAAUUGGGCGAGCCAAGGCUACAUCCCUCUCCAGUCCGUCUACGCGCCUUCAACAAGAAUGAAAUUCCGCUUCGUGGGGCGGCAGACGUUCAUGUCUUCAUCGAUGGAAGAGAAGAAACCCUACCAGUUAUCUUCACCAAGAUGGAGCACACUAAUCUCCUUUUGCGAGAGUGGAUACGCAAGCUAGGCAUCAAUCUCAACUAG